AGGUUUCCGAGAAUCGAGAUUUUCUUGGGUAUGGUAUCAAUUUCAGAGACAGGAGAUCUCUAAGGUCAAUUGAAAUCAUGUAAGUGACUUAUAGAUGGCCAUUGUUGACAAUGGCAAAAACCUAUAAGUAUAUGUCCUAUUCCUGUCCAUCAUCGAUCAUCUCAUCUUCUCUACAUUCAUUACAUCCAUUACAUUCCUUUACCAAUAUCCCACGUUCAUUACAACCCAAACAAAAAACUCAAAAUGCAAUUCACCACCACCACACUCAUCGCCAUCCUCAGCGCUAUCGCAGCUGCAUCUCCUAUUGAACCCCGUCAAAAUGGAACGUCGCAGCCAGAGCGAGAACGCCUCUGCACUUCCGCUAUUGACACUGCCAUGUGCUGCCAAACCACUCUUGCCGGUGUUAUAAACCAGACCUGUUCAACUCCUGCCAUUACUCCUCGUACCAAGCAAGAAUUCCGAGCAUACUGCGCCGCUCAAGGACAAGACUCUUCAUGUUGCAAAACUCCUCUCGUCGGCGAUGGAGUUAUCUGUACUCCUCCUUAGAUGGGAAGUUGAUUGUGAUUGAGGUCUGAAUAUGUGGACAUUUGGACGGGCGUUGGAAUUGAUACGAAAAUUUUAGUUGGAGUACGGAUUGGUGUACUGUAUGAUUAUUGAGGACGGACGCGUAUUUUCUCUGAUUUUUGAUGCCAUUUUGAAGGAUGGAGGGAAUCUUAUUACAUUGUAAUUUAUCUUUAGACUCUUUUGUCACUUGUUGUAUAGAUCAAAAUGUUUCAUACAUAUUCCCU